AUGAUCUCCUACACACUGACACACAGACAGCUUGUCUUGUUUUUUUUUUGGGGGGGGGGGCAGCUUAAAAAGGGGCCGCCGGUGCCUCCACCACCAAAGGUCACACCUACCAAAGAGGUGGCGGAGGAGCAGAUCAUUGACCUGUUUGGAGGAGAAUUUUUACCGGCACCUUCACCAUCACAGCCCAAUGAACGGCCAGGAGAAUCACUUCUUGACCUGGACUUUGAUGCUUUUCAACCGGAUGACAGUGUUUCGCCAAUACCACAGACAGCUGUUCCUUGGGAUAUGUGGUCGGCAAACACACAAACAGCUGAGCCUGCUGCAGAUACUGGCUUCAUCGCUGACUGGUCCGCUGACUUUGGUUCAUUGUCAGCAAACGGAGAUGCUGCUUCAGGAGCUGAGGCCCCUGCUGUAGGGCUGGAGAGGGCACAGGGCGGGGCACAGGGUGGGGCUCAGGGCAGGCCCCAGGCAGAUGACUGGCAGCCAGGUGCAGACACAGCUACUACACAUCCUCAGGACAGUGAGCCAACCACAGCAGCUCAAGAUGAGGUUAGCAGCUGGAACUCUCAAAGUAACCCCGACCUUCAUCCCUCUGCAGUCAGAGGAGAUGAAGAUGAGACAAGACAUGCAGAUUCCGUGGGAGAUACAGCAGGGCAGGAAGACCGCAGGAAGUCUACCCCAGGUCUUAUAUUCACCAAUGAGUACGGUGAACAGAUUGAGGACAGCACAGAGGACAGAGUAGACAAGUGGUCCAGGUCUCCAGAUGGGUCUGGGUCUGAAUAUGAGACUGCUGAGGAGUGGGGUGAUGGAGGUCAGGGUGGAGGCUGGGCAAGUGCAGAUGAUGAAUUUUCUUAUGAAGAUCGUUCACCAGUGAAUGUCUCAGAGGGAUGGGGAUCUGAAAACAAUGGUGUAGCAGCAGAUUGGUCUCAGAUGGUAGGAAACAUUUCCCCAGAGAGCAAUGCAGCAGACAGAAAGUGUUCAGGUGAAGAAGAGCCAAUAGGAAACCAAACUGAUAUCACAUCAAGUUGCAGAAAAUAUUCUGAAAGUCGAGGGAAAGGACACAAAAGCGUUUUUAAAUCUGAAACACAGGGAGGAGGUGUGUUUGAUUCAGUGACCUCAGCUGAAACACAGGGAGGAGGUGCGUUUGAUUUAGAUCCUUUUGCUGAAACACAGGGAGGAGGUGCGUUUGAUUCAGUUCCAUCAGCUGAAACACAGGGAGGAGGUGCGUUUGAUUCAGUGACCUCAGCUGAAACACAGGGAGGAGGUGCGUUUGAUUCAGAUCCUUUUGCUGAAACACAGGGAGGAGAUGCAUUUGAUUCAGAUCCUUUUGCUGAAACUCAGGGAGGAGGUGCGUUUGAUUCAGUUCACUCAGCUGAAACACAGGGAGGAGGUGCGUUUGAUUCAGAUUCUUUUGCUGAAACACAGGGAGGAGGUGCGUUUCAUUCAGUUCCCUCAGCUGAAACACAGGGAGGAGGUGCGUUUGAUUCAGUGACCUCAGCUGAAACACAGGGAGGAGGUGCGUUUGAUUCAGAUCCUUUUGCUGAAACACAGGGAGGAGAUGCAUUUGAUUCAGAUCCUUUUGCUGAAACUCAGGGAGGAGGUGCGUUUGAUUCAGUUCACUCAGCUGAAACACAGGGAGGAGGUGCGUUUGAUUCAGAUUCUUUUGCUGAAACACAGGGAGGAGGUGCGUUUCAUUCAGUUCCCUCAGCUGAAACACAGGGAGGAGGUGCGUUUGAGUCAGAUCCUUUUGCUGAAACACAAGGAGGAGGUGCGUUUGAUUCAGAUCCUUUUGCUGAAGCACAGGGAGGAGGUGCGUUUGAGUCAGAUCUUUUUGCUGAAACACAGGGAGGAGGUGCGUUUGAGUCAGAUCCUUUUGCUGAAACACAAGGAGGAGGUGCGUUUCAUUCAGUUCCCUCAGCUGAAACACAGGGAGGAGGUGCGUUUGAGUCAGAUCCUUUUGCUGAAACACAGGGAGGAGGUGCGUUUGAGUCAGAUCCUUUUGCUGAAGCACAGGGAGGAGGUGCGUUUGAGUCAGAUCCUUUUGCUGAAGCACAGGGAGGAGGUGCGUUUGAGUCAGAUCUUUUUGCUGAAACACAGGGAGGAGGUGCAUUUGAGUCAGAUCCUUUUGCUGAAGCACAGGGAGGAGGUGCAUUUGAUUCAGAUCCUUUUGCUGAAACACAGGGAGGAGGUGCGUUUGAUUCAGAUCCUUUUGCUGAAACACAGGGAGGAGACAAGGGGGGUGGUUUUGAAUUUGAUCCAUUUACUGAGACCUCAGGAGAAGAUAGAGUUGGGUCCGCUGUGAAUGCGAGAGGUGGGUGGGACACAGACUUGUUUGCCAGCAGUUUUCCAGAGGCCUUUGCAGGGACUGAAGGUAGUCACAGCAGUGGCUUCGACUCUUCUGUCACCCAACAAAACUCGACGUCUGCUGCUGUGUCUGGAACGGCAGAAGCAAUCAAAGAUGUAAAUGUUACCAGAAUUCACAAAGAACCAGAAAAUUCAGACAUGUCCGAAGAUGAAGCUGCAAACCGGAGAUUUGGAAAGUUGUACCAAGAGCUAGAUACAGAAAAGGAAGAGGUACUUGACAUCCUGCAGUCCUCAGUGUGGUAGAUUAGAGU